CUCUCUCUGGCGCCCCUUGGAAGGAACCCGUGGGAGCGCCCAGCUAGACGCCCGCCGACCUGGAGCUGCCCCGAGGGUCUUCUGAUGUUCCCUGUUGACCCGAGGCCUCCUCCUUCCCCAGAAUGCCGCUCGCAUCCAGCACCGCCGAGCGCAGCCCCGAAGAGAUCGUGGACUCUGUGCCUGAGGAGUUCCAGCAGGUCCUCUCCAUCGACCAGAUCCGCGCCAUCCGCGCCACCAACGACUACGUGGAGAGACCUCCCUCCUUCAAGCAAGCGCCCUCCACCCUUUCUCUGUCCCAGCCGCACCAGGCGGUCCACAAGCAGGAGCUGACUCAGGGACGCCUGGCAUCCUCGGUCUUCCAGGACCUUCAUCCCAGCCAGGCGCUGCCCCUCCAGCAACCCCUGAGCCAUUCCAGCACUGCCAGCUCGCUCUCCCACAGCACCACCGCCUCUGAGCAGCGGCUCCUCGGCAGCAUCACGCCGUCACACUCCGGGCACUCGCUCAUCCGGACGCAGCCCCGGGCGGGCGACCUGAAGCCGGAGGAGCUGCUGAAGGGGACCUCCGGGAAGUCUCCCGCCUUCCACUCAGGUCACCUCUUCAUCUGCGAGGAAUGCGGCCACUGCAAGUGCGCCCACUGCGCGGCCGUGCGCAGCCUGCCCUCCUGCUGGCUGUGCAACCAGCGCUGCCUCUGCUCGCCGGAGAACCUCAUUGACUACGGGACUUGCCUCUGCUGCGUCAAGGGCAUCUUCUACCACUGCUCCUCGGACGACGAGGACACCUGCGCGGACGACCCUUGCUCCUGUGGCCCCGGAUCCUGCUGCGCCCGCUGGGUUGCCAUGAGCUUCCUGUCCUUGCUCAUGCCCUGCCUAUGCUGCUACUUCCCCACCGUGGGGUGCCUCAAACUUUGCCAGAGGGGCUACGAUGCUGUGAAACGGCCCGGCUGCCGUUGCCCGAAUCACACCAACACGGUCUGUCGGAAGAUCUCCUCGUCUAGCGGAGCCACUUUCCCCAAGACUUUGGACAAACCAGUAUGACUUCCCCGGGAAAAGGGGGAAGGGAAAUCAAAGGCUGUGCUUCUUCUCCUCUUCGUCCUCCUCGUCCUCCUCCACCACCACCUUCUUCUUUCAGCUUCCCCUGCUGAAAGCCUCUAACUGGGAACAAAGCCAAGAUGGAAAGGCCAGCCAGCCAUUGGAUCUCCCAUGGAAGGUGGACACUUGUUCUGCAGUGGAGGAGACCACUUGUCCCAGUGCCCAAGAUGAGCUUCUAGGGCUUCACCUGUGUCAACAAUGGCUAUGGACAGGUGGGGUGGGAAGUUGAGGCGUGCACUAUCCACCAUGGCUACAGGUGUGUGUGUGUGUGUGUGUGAGUGAGUGGAUGUGUGAGUGGAUGGGGAAUGCAGUUUGCUAUGGGAUGGCUCAGGAUCAUGGCCUCCAGAAUGCCUUAUGAGUUCCUCAUCUGUGGUGGGUUCCCAAAAAAGACAAGAAAAGGGUAUUGCACUCAAGCACUGUGGUGUCCUGGGGAUCAGGCCGUUCUAUAACACAGUUUUCACUCUUUCUCUCUGCUGGCGACUGCCUCUCACGUGCUUGCAUUUCGCUCUUCCUUCUGCUGUGCACACUUAGCAGAGGCGGAGAGGCGAGCAGACUGUAGCAAACGAAAGGCAGCCGGACCGGAUGUGUGGGCGCACCUGUGGCUCUGCAAAACUGUUGAGGGUUGAUGCCUGGAAAAGGUGGCGGGGAGGCAAAUAGGUAAUGGUCAUUUUUUUCCUCUUAA